UCGUUGAUCAUUUGUCGAGUCCUCCCACUGAGAGAGGAUCUGUGCCGCGAUCGAGCGCUCAUGGCAGCUAAUGAUUAUCGCGCGUACCUGCGGAGUCAUAUCGAUAUGGAAGAGGCUCCUGCGCGCGCUCCGCACACGGGCUCCACUCACAGAGCGCUCAUAUUCUUCACGCUCGCUGUCAUGGGACUGCUGCAGGUCGCGUCGAGUGUGGCGAUUUUGUUGCACUUAACCGGUUAUCUGCGAGAGGUCGACCUUACCUCAGCCCAGCAGAGUCCUAAUGAGGAAAUGCACAGUGAAACCUUAAUAGCCGAUCCAAUCAAAGGUUGCAAGGAGAAGAAGGAAAGAUUUCGACAAAAAAAGGACACGCGCAUGCCGUCAGCUCACCUUCCCAUCAAGACGCCGACUAACUUUGCAGCCAAAGAUCGAAAUGAAUUAACCAUAAUCACCUGGGAUGAUUUUCAAGGGCUGAAUUUGAAGAAGAUGAAAUACCAUGACGGACGAAUUCUAGUGGAUGAAGCUGGCUACUACUAUGUAUAUGCCAAGACCUGCUUUCGAUACGCUGAGGAACACGACUCGGGCAAAGAGGAUGUCAGCAAUGUACAGUUGUUUCAAUACAUUUAUCACGAGAAGCACACGCAGUCUGUUAUUACACCUGUUCUUCUUACAAAAAGCGGCGGCACGCUGCAGUGGAACAUCGCGGCGUACAACAUGUACUGCGUGGAGCAGGGCAGAGGCAUCCAGCUGAAUAAAGGCGAUGGGAUUUUUGUCCGUGUAUCCAAUGCAUGGCUGCUGGACCCAGCAGCGGAAGGCACGUAUUUUGGUACUUUUAAGAUAAGCAAUUGAUUUUUGCUACUGAACAUAUUUAUGCACAUUUUGCAAAGUGACCAUGAACCACUGAGCACUUGAUUUUGAUCACUGACUUUUGAAUUUUUGUUCAGCAUAGAUUACUUUUAAGAGCACAUUAUACGUUUGAACACUUCGCAAUUGUGCCAUUGAAACUCUUAAGUACCAGCACUAGAACACCAAGAAUAGACUCAGGCCUCUGUCUGUGUGUUUUUUUUAAAAUAAGUAUCAUUACUGGAAAUCAGAGGCGCUGCAAAGGGGUGAAGAAUAGGGUGAUUCCAAGGGUCCCGACGCAAUCCCGAAUGCGAUCGCAAUUUCAACAAGGGAAGAGGAAAAAAUUGUGCCUGGCAAUAGGCAUCAGUCCAAUACUGGUACCUUACUCUUAAAAUGCUCCAAUACCAACAACCAUGCAGUGAAUCACAUCGGUGGAGAGAUGCUGGACAGUCCUAGUAAAGUCUAGUCCUAGUAGGAAAAACCUAAACAAGCAUGAUUAAUUGAACUUUGAAAUUUGAUCAUGCAGAAUCAGUCAAGGACAACUGAAUUAUGCCCAACAGGUGGAUAGACACUUCCUCUCACCCCUCCUGUGUUUUACUGAUUGGUGAAUUUCACUGUUGGACAUAUAGAGCUGCCCUUUGUUUUAGUUUAUUUUAUGGUGUUAACAUUUAAAUUGAACAAAACGUAUACAAACAUUGAACAAAAAUCAAGGCAGCUGGACUGUCUUUUACUCAGUGUGAGAAGCGUUGUGCAGAACCAAACUGAGUUUGGUAUGCUCUAAUUUAAAAAAAAAAUUAAUGCACUAAGUGUAUUUAUUUAUUUUUUGUGAUGAUGGAACGUUUGUCAAAUGUUCUGUCUGUAAAGUUUUGUACAGUGUAUAUAAUUGUAUAAUUGCCUUAAGAAUUGCCAUUCUUCAAGAGGUUUCGGAUGAAGGGCAUUGACUUUAGGUCAGUUAUACAUGCGCUUUUGUCCGAGGCACAGGACUCCUGUUUAAAGCAGAAAUUGAGUUGUUUUGUAUUUAAGUAAAAUUCGUUUGACAAUUCUGUGUGCAAAUGUUUGUGGACAGCAGAAUUUAUUGUUCCCAACCCAAAGCAAGCCUAAAAAGGAUUGCAGCCUUAAAGUCAAAUUUUUGUUUCAUAUGUUAGCAAAAGUUUUGUUUUAUUAUGUUUAUUUAUACUAUUCUGCCUAAUAAAAAGAUACUUUUCUAAAUAAAA